GCCAGGAGGAGGGGCCUCUUCGAGAGCUGAGAGAAGCAGGGGCAGCACCUCCCCAAAGGCGGUUCCCGCGGACCCCUGAGACCACGGCCCAGACGCAGGGUGGCUGGAGGGAAGUGAGAGGUGAACCCAGCCUGGCCUGGCUGGCUGGCUGAGGCCCUCUGUCCCCCACUUUCCUGGACUGCUGAGGGCAAUGGCUGUGGCCCAGCAGCUGCGGGCUAAGAGCGACUUUCAACAGCUUCCUGAUGACGUCGCCAUCUCAGCCAACAUCGCCGACAUCGAGGAGAAGAGGGGCUUCACCAGCCACUUUGUUUUUGUCAUCGAGGUGAAGACAAAAGGGGGCUCCAAGUACCUCAUCUACCGCCGCUACCGCCAGUUCUACGCCUUGCAGAGCAAGCUGGAGGAGCGGUACGGGCCGGACAGCAAGAGCAGCCCCUUGACCUGUAGCCUGCCCACCCUCCCAGCCAAAGUCUAUGUGGGUGUGAAACAGGAGAUCGCUGAGAUGCGGAUACCUGCCCUCAACGCCUACAUGAAGGGCCUCCUCAGCCUGCCCAUCUGGGUGCUGAUGGACGAAGACGUCCGGAUCUUCUUCUAUCAGUCGCCCUACGACUCGGAGCAGGUGCCCCAGGCUCUCCGCCGGCUCCGCCCACGCACCCGGAAAGUCAAGAGCGAGUCCCCACAAGGUGCCACCUUAGACCGCCUGGAAGCUCCGAGAGCAGAGGCCCUGUUUGACUUCACCGGGAACAGCAAACUGGAGCUGAAUUUGAAAGCUGGAGAUGUGAUUUUCCUUCUCAGUCGGGUCAACAAAGACUGGCUGGAGGGCACCGUCCGGGGCGCCACAGGCAUCUUCCCGCUGUCCUUUGUGAAGAUCCUCAAGGACUUCCCCGAGGAGGACGACCCCACCAACUGGCUGCGCUGCUAUUACUACGAGGACACCAUCAGCACCAUCAAGGACAUCGCCGUGGAGGAAGACCUCAGCAGCACGCCACUCUUCAAGGACCUGCUGGAGCUCAUGAGGCGGGAGUUCCAGAAGGAGGACAUUGCCCUGAAUUACCGGGAUGCCGACGGGGACCUGGUCCGGCUGCUCUCGGAUGAGGAUGUGAGGCUCAUGGUGAGGCGGGCCCAGGCCCUUCCCUCCCAGAAGCGCCUCUUCCCCUGGAAGCUGCACGUCACCCAGAAGGACGACUACAAGGUCUACAACACAGUCCCCUGAGCAGAUGGUGUCCCUGGGACAGUGAGGGGACAUCUGCAGAAACAUCCAUUUGAGAAAGAUUAAACAGACCUCAAAAUGUCUGUCCACACAAAUCCGAUUGUUUGGCUUCUAACGUGUUGCCCAACCAGACUCAUGGAGAGCUCCGGCUGCUGCGUAACAACCAGCCCCUACACAGGACACACCCUGCAAAGAGCCUCACCAGACAGAGGGGGGUUCCCCAAUGGCCUCCCACUCUCCCCCUCCCACACAUGGUCAGGGCUGUGGCCAGAAUCCUCUUGGCCUCAUUUCAGAAUUGUUCUGGGGUGCAGAGGUGAUGCUGCUGUUGGAAUGCUAAGCCCUGGGGAGGCGCUGAGGUGGGGAGUUGGGACCAGGGCUCCUGUGCGAGGUCAAGACGAUGAGGUGAUCCUGGGACAGUGACAGAAGCAGAAGAAGAAAAGUGUCCCCCUGGAGUAAAGUGUUCCCAGUUUAGGAUGAUGUGAGUCACUCAGAUUAAGAUGAAGCAAAAAGCUUGUUGUCAAAACCAACAAAUUUCUGUGAGUGAGAAUAGACAAUAACAAUAAACAAUUGCUUUAGAGUCCCAGGGAUUAUGGAUUAUUGAACGGCAUGGCUACAAUGUUUAAAGAAAUAAAGAAUAAAGUCAUCACAAUAAACAAGCUAACAAGAA